CCCAGUUCGAAAUGGAGAAACCCCGCACCACCCAUGCACCCAUCAUCCAGUCCUUUAAUUUCCGUCUGGGUCAGCUUUUCGGCACCUUCCCGUACCGCUAUCCCUGGGCUUCCGCCACCACCCCGCCUCCCGUCAACAUCCCGCUAGCCUGUUGGUCGGCGGCUUUGUUAACCGCCCUUCUGACCUGUGUCGUCCCGUGGACCGGCGGUCUAGCCACCAUGUACAAACAUCAACUCGCCAAACUGGAGUUCUUCGCCAUCGUCUCCUUCAUCUUCAAGAUCACCAUCUAUCUUCAAGGUCCGUUCUCCCUGAUCAUCGGCCUGCUGAAAUCCAGGAAACUGCCCAUCUUGGUGGCCCGUAUGGAGACCAGUCUGGGUGGUGCCCUGCCGACGGAUAUUACAUGGCGUCGGGAGGCGUUCCGCGCCUUCAUUAUCGGCUGGAAUUUAGUGUAUGUGGUACUGGGUUUGGUAGCGUACUACAUGUCGUUCCGGGAGAUUUCUGCCAUGGUCAACCGCAUCGUCGAGGACUUUCUCUACGAAAUCCACUUCUACUACGGACCGCGGACCCCACCGUACUUAUUCACGGUGCUGAUGGGCGUGAUGAUGUUCCUGAAUCUGUCGUUUGAAGCCUUCCCGGUGACCUUAGUGUUGACGCUGUUGCGAGCGAUUAAUCGAGGGUUCCAGAAUAUUAACAAGGAGAUCGGCCGGUUGCUGAAGGAUCCCGGGCGGGAAGACGCGGCGGUGACGUUGAAGGCGCUGCGGGAACAGUAUCUGCGGCUGCAGUGUCAUACGGAGGAUGCCGAUGAUAUCUUCUCGUAUCUGAUAUUAAUCGGGUGGGUACGGGAGUUUCUGGGGUUCAUCGCUAUUAUGGGCGCGCUGAUGCAGACUAGCGGGGAGGAGGAGAUUCACACAAAAGAAGACGCCAAUACCGCCGUGAUCGAUGAAUCAACACGGCAUAUGGUGUACGGGUUUGGGAUUAUGGGACUGGUUAACAUGGUUAUGAAGCUGACGAUUUCGGUGUGCACACAUGACGAGGCACAAGCGGUACGCGUUAACCUGCGGAAACUGCUGGCAAGAAGCACAUCGCCAGUUAUCCAACAAGAAUGUGGAGCGUUUAUUUUGGAAUGUGAGGAAUCCGAUGGCGCGAUAACGGCCGGGGGAUUCUUUCGCAUUACCAGAGAGGCAGCUUCUUCGUUGGCCGAAAUGAUGAUAACCUACGUGUUGGUUAUCUAUCAAGCGCAUGACACGAAACAAGACAUUGCCGAGCUGCCGACAAAAAGCGAGAUGGAAGCCUUUCGAAAGGAGAUGCGCCAGCGUACGGAAUACUGUACUGUUUCGCGGUGGAACGCAACAACUCCCAUCAGCCAGUCAGAGUGACGUUACUUCGUAAACUACACCGAUUUUAAACAAAGAUUAUUUUUUGCUCUUGUGACUAAUGUUUGACUUAUUAGUGAGAGCUCAUCUGACUUUAGUCUGCGACCGUACGAGCACGUUGUCCGAUACUUUUGUUGAAAUGUUGC